GUUUGCGCACGGAGGAGGGAUAAGGAGCGACUUGUGUCGUGUCUCUCUCUCACGGACCACUGCAGUGUGCACCCUUCUACGGAGCACAGGUUUCUUCAUAUUCAUUUUAGAAGUUUGUUUCCACACUCACACACACACUCAUUACGUAAUCAUGAAUAGCGGGUCAACGCUAGUAAAAAGCCCAGAGGACAUCGCUGCGGCGGCGGCGGAGCCGCUGGGCAGUGAAGAAGAAGUUGUGGACCAGGUGAAGGGCGAGGAAGCGGGAGACGCGACUGCGGACGAGAGCGAAGACGUGUGUGAGCCCUCCUUCUUUGAAGAGGAAGCCGCGUGCACGGCGCUGCUGGCUCGUGCGGCGGAGUUGCUGCCUCCUACCAAUGCGCAACUACUUCCUUCAGUUGGCAUCGAUCCGCAGGGUGUGGCGGCCAUGUUGGAGAUACGUCUACCUGCCAUCGUCGAUCGCUAUCAAGACAGCCCGCAUCUCCUGCAUCCGCACCUCGAGGCUCUCAUGCAGCCGCUGGUAGAGUUGCUGCUGCGAUACUUGCCGAAUGCGGCGGAGGUGUGGGCGAGAGAGAAGCCAGCGCAGAGAAGUGCGGAAACAGCAGCAGCAGCGCCGUCGGCGCCCUCAGACGGUUCAUCUCGUGGAUCUUCCGCCGCGGAUGCCGCCACCCUGGUGGUCACGAGCAGCCUCGGGCAAGACUUGUCCAUGUUCGACUCGGACGCCCCCAAGACCCCCCUCCAUCUCGUCUGCAAGGCCCUCUACAGCAUCAUCAAAACGGCGGGCGAGAAGUGCUGCACGAGUCACUUCCCGAACAACGUCAGCCACUACGAGGACGUCUUUUACACGCUACAGCUGUGGGUGGCCGACCCGACCCGCCAACGGGAGUGGGAAGUGCGCUACUGCCUGCUGCUGUGGUUGUCGAACCUCGUCCUCGUGCCUUUUUCGCUCGUCCUGGUCGACACGAACCAGUCCGAAAGCAACGCCGCGGCGCGCCUGUCGCUGUCCGAUGCCACCCUCGUCACCGCCAGUCGCUUUCUGGCAGACACGUCGAAGUGCCGGGAGGCGGCGGCGCUGCUCGUGGCCCGGCUGCUGACUCGGCCGGACAGCGCACGGCACCGUCAGCUCUUUUUUGACUUUGCCACUUUCAUUCUGGAGUCCUCCGUGAAGUCGGGCGAAGGGACCGGGCAGGCAGCAGCGGCGGCAGCGGCGGCCACCGCUGUGGAACGUGUGCCGCACCACGCACCGUGGGCUUUCCUAGUAGAGGGCACGCAGAGCACCUUCAGCUCUCUUCUCUCCCAGCCCUUCCUGCUGCCCGGUGUGCUGCUGGCGAUGGCCAAGACGAUGAAAUUGGGUCGGCGGGAGGAGCUGGUGCCCUUCGCGGCCACACUCCUCGCCUCCGUCUCCGCCGUGUACGCGCAGCACCCCAACGACAGUCUGCUGUGCAAGACCGCCGUGAAGGUCGGGCAGCGGCUGGUGCUGACAAUGCUGAGGAAGAAGCGAGCGGGGUGGCGCUACCGUCGUCACAUCGCGUCUCUCUCCGCCAAUUUGGCGUCGACCAGCGCAGACGCCGUCGUCCUCGCCCUCGCGCCCAACGCAGCGACACCGGAAGAAGAGGAGGAGGCGGCGGAGGACGACGAUGUGAUCGACGGCGAGGAAGAGAGCAUUGAGACGGGCAUUGGCCUCCUCUUGCAGGCGAUUGGCCACAAGGACACCGUAGUGCGCUGGAGCGCCGCGAAGGGCGUCGGUCGCGUGUGCGAACGGCUGCCCGGCACCUUCGCCGGCGAGGUGAUGGAGGCCGUCUUGGAGGUGUUUGCCAACGCCUACAGCGACGCCCAUUGGCACGGUGGCCUGCUGACGAUCGCGGAGCUGUGCCGCCGCAGUUUGGUCGGCACGACACUGCUGGCGAGGGUGGUGCCCGUGGUGGCGCAGGGCCUCGCCUACGACCUCAGCAAAGGCACCUACAGCGUCGGCGCACACGUGCGGGAUGCCGCGUGCUACACGUGCUGGUCCAUCGCCCGUGCCUACGACGCCGAAGACCUGACCGUACACGUGCAGCAGCUCAGCGUGUCGCUCAUCGUGACGGCGCUGUUCGAUCGUGAGGUCAACGUGCGCCGCGCCGCGGCGGCCGCCUUUCAGGAGUGCGUGGGCCGCCUCGGCAACUUCGAGCACGGCAUUGAACUGGUGACGACGGUGGACUUCUUCUCCCUCGCCACGCUGCGCCACGCCUACACGGUGGUAGCGCCGGCCAUUGCUCACUACGACUCCUACCGAGACGGCAUGCUGCGGGAGUUGGUCGGCGUGAAGCUGUUGCAUUGGGACAAGACCAUUCGGCAGAUGGCGGCCAUCUCUCUGGGGCUCGUGGCGGCGCAAGAGCCCGUCGAGACGGUGCUGACGGAGGUGCUGCCGGAGCUGCUGCGGCGGGUGGAGGACGUGACGGUGGCGACGCGGCACGGCGCUAUCCUCGCCGUCGCGGAGCUCAUCCGCAGCCUCCCUGCCUCCACCACCUGGACUCCGACCCACGUCCAGCGCUUCAUUCACAUCCUCACCACGCUGGAGUCCUCGCGAGGCUUUCGCCUACGCGGCGGCGAGUACGUGCGGCAGGCGUGCUGUGCGAUGCUGCAGGCGAUGGCUGCCCAACAGCUGAAGCUGCCGGACACGGUUGAGGUGACACGCAUGGGCGACCGCGUGGCGAGGGUGCGCACGCUGGAGGUGAUCUACAGCUUUCUGCGCGACACGUGGGUGAACAUCCUGGAGUGGGUGCAGCUGGCCGCCACGGAAACCUUCGCGGCGGUCGCAGCGGCCUACUUCGUGAACUUCCUUCCUGUCUUCCACGGAAAGAUUCUGACGGAGCUGUACGAGGGCUGCGGUGCGGAUCAGCCGCCUAUGCGGCGCCGCGGCUUCUUGGCGGCGGUCGGCGGUCUCCCUGCGACUCUCGUCAACGCACCGUGGGUCCCGGCAAAGGCAGCGGGGAACGACGCAGGAAGGGAAGAAGCGUCACGUGCGUUUGAGGUGUUCCUUCCGGUGCUGCAGGCGGCCUCGCUGUUGAGUCCCGCUGACGUGGCCAAUCCAGAGCAGGCCGACGCUGAAGCGCGCCGCAAUGCCGUGCGCUCGUUGGCGCGUGUGCUGUCCCGCGUGGACGUGGCCGCGUCACCGGCGGUGACCCCGCAAUGGUACACAGCGAUUGUGGAAGGCACGAUGAUGGCCGCCCUGCAGGACUACGCGACGGACAAGCGCGGCGACGUCGGCUCCUUUGUGCGCCUGGCGGUGCUGGACGGCCUUCCUGCCGUGAUGAAAUACGGGCUGCUGCUGCGGCAUCCCCCGACGGCGGCUCUCUUGUGCACGCCGGCGACGGGGUUGUGUGUGUUGCGUGGGGUCGUGCGGUGUGUGCUGGAGAAGCUGGACCGCGUACGCGCCGUUGCCGGAGGCGUGCUGGUGACACUGCUGCUGCACGAUCGCUGCGGGGAGGUGCUGUGGGGUGCGCCGCAGCCUCCGCGUAGCGUUGGGGAUGAGAACGUGGGGAAUGAUGGCGCCGGGGCGGAGCUGCUGCAGUUUUCGCGGCAUUUGUCAACGCUGACGGACCCAGCCGCAUCGACAGAGGCGAUCAACUGGCACAACACGCACCAAGUUAUAAGUCUUGUCGGCCCUUACGUGCUCACGCGCUGUCCGGCCUGCCUCGCCCAUGCCGCGCUCGAAGGUUUGAUCGUCGCAGCCGGCGAUCUGUCGGAGCACGUGCGCAAGCCCGCCACUGCCGCCCUCCUCAGUGCUUUUCACACCACCAACGGCACGGAAGACGCGUGCACCUCGUCCGACGCCGUCGCAAAACGCCUCUCUGCGUGUUUCAUUGCGGUGCUGCACACCCACGCGCACGAAGAACGCAUGCUGAAGCCGGCGAGUCGAGUGCUGGACCUUCUCAUCAACGAGAGCGUCUUUGCCGUGGAGCAGCACGCCUCCGUCUUCGAUGUGCUUCGCAAGGAGUUGAAGCACUUCGCGUUGAACAUCGUGGUGCUGCUGUCGAUGGUGCCGCUGCUCGCCACCUGUUGCCGCAGCCCCGACGUGGAGGUGCGCCGUGGUGCGUGGGCCCUGGCGCUUACGAUGAUCGCCAGUCGCUACCCGAAGGUACGAGCAAAGGUAGCUGCGGACUUCUACACGUCCCUGCUCGUGUUGACGUCCGGCAACGCCGCAACGGCCGGCCUGUCGGUGGAGGGGUGCCAGCGGGCAAUGGAGCACCUCGCGAAGGUGACGUGGGACGGCAACGACGCGGUGUGCAUCCGCCGUGCUCGCAACGAGCUCUACGGCAUGUUAGCGAUUGAGCCGCCCGCUGCGAAGGCGCGGACGGGAGAGGCGGAGGGCGAGACGCAGAGGGGUGCGAUGCGACCAGCGCGAGAGCAAAGGGGCGCUGUGGCAGCCACCUACAAAUCUCUGGUGCAGGAGACCGGCUACUGA